AUGAUCGUCUCCGUGAAACGUUGUGUGUUAGCAGCUCGUUCUUGUCAAAUUUUUUGGCCCUUAAUCCUGUUGACUUGUGCGGUUUUGUUCCUUCUACACAACCUGUUUAAUAAUGAGAUUUCAUUACAGAUCACUUCCCAGAAAAGGAGUGGAGUUAAAAUUUCAAUUGACAAUGAAAUUAUUACCCCAAUUGCACCAGAAUUUCUCCAGGUAGACAUACAAAGCCAAACCCCUAUUGGAGAAUAUUUGUGGAAUCAUUUGCUUGAAGGAACAAAAGAAUUCAUACCUGACAGAGCCACUUACAAGGGUAACAAGGUGGUAGAUGAUUUAAAUUUUACCUUCCAGUCAGGAGAUGCAGAAAUUUUAAUCAGUCCCAAUUCUAAUGUGGUGCUAGUUAUUGAUGGGUCAUCUCAACUGAAUCAAAAGAAAGAAGAGCUGUUGCUUAAAAAUAUGCUACUUUUUCAUCCACCUAAAAGCCUUUUUUUAGUCAUUUUGGGUGAUAAUGCUUGUAGUAAUAAUAAAUGGAUUGUUCGUUACUUGUCUUCGAAUGGUGGCCCUAUCAGUGCUACCUUCAUGGUACGAAGUAGUUUCUUGGCUGAUGAGAAUGAAGUCUAUCAAUGGCCUCUUGGAGUUGCAACGCAUCGAGAUUUCCCUUUGUUUUGGGCUGACGAAAUCGACAUCUUGUCACCAAGACCCUUUAUUUGCAACUAUUUUGGUACCAAUCCCGUCCGUAAUGCUACCCAAGACGUUAUUCCUCAACUUGUUAAAGAGUUAAAACUUGAAAAUUCAUGCUAUUUGAAGAUGAGCAGCAAAACAGCCUUUUCAACAAUUGAAUCCCUUGGUGAAUACAUUCAAGUUGUUUCAGAUUCUGAUCUAAGCCUUUGUCCAGCUGCCGAGAACGGCAGUCCUGAAACUCAUUGCAUCUACGAAGCAUUCUCGCUUGGCAGUGUUCCAGUCGUUGAAGACGUCACGACCUCUUGUGGCAGGGAUUCCCUUUUUCUAUUAAAGAAGCACAAAGCUCCAUUCAUACUUGUUAAAUCCCUAGAAAAUGAGCUGAGAGAUGUCAUUGCUAACGAGAACAGGAUGAAUUUACAGGAAAAAAUCGCCAGAAGAGCUACUGUCGUUAACUGGUACGCUGACUUUCGACAUCGCAUGACCAGGCAAUUCUACCGUGUUAUUCAUUCAAAAGUAAAUCUUUAAGAAGAUAAUACAAGGAUUGCUACGAAAUCUA